UAUUAAUAUCAUGUAGGUCGGUUUAUUUAUACCCUUUUAUUUGUGAAGCGGGACCCUUGUCGGAAGUAGAAGACAGCGGUUUCCGGUCACCGCUCUGAGUCCCGCCCCGCCAGCCCGUGCCAUCUUGUGUUUAGCAAGAACAAAAACGGGGGAAGAAAACACGCCCGGCCCGGGGACGGGGCGCGGAUUUUCAGGCUGCUUUUUAUGCUUUUUUUUUUUCAGAAAAGUUGGUGCAGCUGGACAGUAUGCUCGGAGGAGCAGCGGCGUGGAGAAACAGCAGCCACACCCCGCAGGACGGCUCCGGUUAAUGUUAGCUCUCAGGCUAUCCGAGCUAAGCUAACCAGUUAGCAGCGGCUAAGAUCGCAGGACGAAGGCGAGCCUCGAGUCUGAGCCGGUCUGUGACAUCUGGAAACCCCGCAUUAACUUCACAAAUAUCAGCAGCGACCUGGGUGGAAAUGCCCCGGACGUGGUGGUGACUGUUUGCGGAGAGGGAUUCCGGGCUAUGAGGAUUGAGGUCUACUAUUAGCUCGGCUGCUAUCGGUUGUUUUUCGGUUCAGAGCGGAACCACAAUAAGCCGCGGCCCUGGCCAUGCCCUCGAAUGCGCGGGCGGGCAAUCUGAAGGACCCCGAGGUGGCUGAUCUGUUCUGCAAAGAUGACCCGGAGAAGCUGUUCACCGACCUCCGGGAGAUCGGCCACGGGAGCUUUGGAGCGGUGUACUUUGCCCGAGAUGUCAGCAACAAUGAAGUGGUGGCCAUCAAAAAGAUGUCGUACAGCGGCAAGCAGACCAACGAGAAAUGGCAGGACAUCAUCAAAGAGGUGAAGUUCCUGCAGAAGCUUCGCCACCCCAACACCAUCGAGUACCUGGGCUGCUACCUGAAGGAGCACACGGCAUGGCUGGUGAUGGAGUAUUGCCUCGGCUCGGCCUCAGACCUCCUUGAAGUUCACAAAAAGCCGCUCCAGGAAGUAGAAAUAGCUGCUAUUACCCACGGUGCACUGCAGGGGUUGGCAUAUCUUCACUCUCACAAUAUGAUUCACAGGGACGUGAAGGCAGGAAACAUCCUGCUGACGGAGCCGGGUCAGGUCAAACUGGGGGACUUUGGCUCCGCCUCCAUCGUGUCGCCGGCCAACUCCUUCGUGGGGACGCCAUACUGGAUGGCUCCGGAGGUGAUCUUGGCCAUGGACGAGGGCCAGUACGACGGGAAGGUGGACGUCUGGUCCCUGGGCAUCACCUGCAUAGAGCUGGCGGAGAGGAAACCCCCCCUGUUCAACAUGAAUGCUAUGAGUGCCUUAUACCACAUCGCUCAGAAUGAAAGCCCCGUCCUGCAGUCCAAUCACUGGUCCGAUUCCUUCCGCAGUUUUGUCGACUCUUGCCUACAGAAGAUUCCCCAGGACCGGCCUACCUCGGACGUGCUUCUCAAUCAUCGCUUCUUGUGCCACGAGCGCCCGCUGACCGUCGUCAUGGACCUGAUCGCACGAACCAAGGAUGCGGUGAGGGAGCUCGACAACCUGCAGUACCGCAAGAUGAAGAAGAUCCUGUUCCAGGAAACCCAACAGAACGGCCCCGUCACCGAGGGAGGCGAGGAGGAGGAGGAGGUGGAGCCGUACCUGCUGCAGACGGGCACCGUUAACAGCAUGGAGAGCUCCCAGUCUGUUCCCAGUAUGUCCAUCUCAGCCAGCUCUCAGAGCAGCUCGGUCAACAGCCUCGCCGACGCCUCCGACGACAGCAGCAACGAGAUGGCCAUGAUGCAGGAGGGCGAGCACACGGUCACCUCCAACAGCUCCAUCAUCCACCGACCCACGGGUCAGGACAACAUCUACGAUGACCCGUACCAGCCAGAGAUGGAUCAGCCUCAGGCUCCUUCAGCUGGACGCCGGCGAGCCUUCUAUCGAAACCGUGACCACUUUGCCACCAUCCGCACGGCCUCUUUGGUGACCCGUCAGAUCCAGGAGCACGAGCAGGGCUCGGCGCUGCGUGAGCAGAUGUCCGGCUACAAGCGCAUGAGGCGGCAGCACCAGAAGCAGCUGAUGAGCCUGGAAAACAAGCUGAAGGCGGAGAUGGACGAGCAUCAGCUGAAGCUGGACAAAGAGCUGGAGAACCAGAGGAACACGUUCUCCACAGAGGCCGACAAGCUGGCCAAGAAGCACCAGGCAAUCCUGGAGAAGGAGACGAAAGCUGCUCUGACGGAGGAGAAGAAGUUCCAGCAGCACAUCCUGGGCCAGCAGAAGAAGGAACUCACCAGUUUACUGGACUCACAGAAACGCCAGUACCGCCAGCGCAAGGAGCAGCUGAAAGAGGAGCUGAGCGAGAACCAGUCGACUCCGAAGCGAGAGAAGCAGGAGUGGCUGGUCCGUCAGAAGGAGUGUCUGCAGCAGAUGCAGGCGGAGGAGGAGGCCAGCCUGCUGCGGCGCCAGCGGCAGUACUACGAGCUGCAGUGCCGCCAGUACAAGAGGAAGAUGCUGCUGGCUCGCCACAACCUGGAGCAGGACCUGCUCAGAGAGGAGCUGAAUAAGAAGCAGACCCAGAAGGACCUGGAGUGCGCCAUGCUGCUGCGGCACCACGAGUCCACCCAGGAGCUCGAGUUCAGGCAGCUGGGCACGAUGCAGCGCACCCGGGCCGAGCUGAUCCGAACGCAGCACCAGACCGAGCUGACCAAUCAGAUGGAGUACAACAAGCGGCGUGAGCAGGAGCUUCGGCAGAAGCACGCCAUGGAGGUCCGGCAGCAGCCCAAGAGUCUCAAGUCCAAAGAGCUGCAGGUCAAGCGUCAGUUCCAGGAGACCUGCAAGAUCCAGACCCGUCAGUACAAAGCUCUGAGGAACCACCUGCUGGAGAGCACUCCAAAGUCCGACCACAAGGCCGUCCUCAAACGCCUCAAAGAGGAGCAAACACGUAAGCUGGCCAUCCUGGCCGAGCAGUACGACCACUCCAUCAACGAAAUGCUGUCCUCUCAGGCUGUGAGUAAGGCAAGGAAACCUCCGUGCACCUGCACACCUGACAACCACCCACACCUGAAACCCCGCACACCUGACAACCUCCCACACUUCAGCACCUGCACACCUGACAACCUGCACCUUAGAACCAGAGGCCUGUACUACAAGGCAGGAUUUGGUCUUAUCCAGCUGCGGCUGGAUGAGACGCAGGAGGCCGAGUAUCAGGUGCUCCGCAUGCAGCUGCAGCAGGAGCUCGAGCUGCUGAACGCCUACCAGAGCAAGAUCAAGAUCCACACGGACACGCAGCACGAGCGCGAGGUGAAGGACCUGGAGCAGAGGGUGUCGAUCCGCCGGGCGCUGCUGGAGCAGAGGAUCGAGGAGGAGAUGCUGACUCUGCAGAACGAGCGCUCCGAGCGAAUCCGGACGCUGCUCGAGCGCCAGGCUCACGAGAUUGAGGCCUUCGACUCGGAGAGCAUGCGUCUGGGCUUCAGCAACAUGGCGCUGACCGGCAUCCCGGCAGAGGCUUUCAACCAGGGCUACCCGACCCCCAGCCCGUCCUCGGGCUCCGGCGGCUGGCCGUCGCGGCCCGUACCGCGCUCCGGCAGCCAUUGGAGCCACAGCGUGCAGAACUCUGUGACGACUCCAUCCUGGCGCAGCCAGAAUCACGGCGGUGGAGGCUUCAGCCGCGCCGAGUCCAUCGCCUCGUCCCACGUCCUUGGCAGGGAUGGCGAGAUGAGCAAGAGCCGAGGCCACUCCUCCUCCCAUCACCAGCAGCACUACCUCCCCCAACACUACCAACACCACCAGAGCACGCCGCAGCUCUACCGCGAUGCCCACGAGCGCGACUCCAGGGAGCGGGACCGCUCCAGGGAAUGGGUGGGAGGAGGCGGACACUACGCCCAUCACUCCCAGGUCCACCACCUCUCCUCCCACGCCUCCUCGCAGUCCCUGGCCCUCCUGCCUCCGCCACCUCCGCCUCCUCCCAUCGCCCUCUCCACCUCCUCCCCUCCCUCCUCCACCUCCUCGUCCUCUUCCUCACAGGGCGGCUACGGCGGCGGCGGUCUGAGUGUAAGGGGCCCCAGCCUGAUGGCGCUCAGGAACAGCCCUCAGCCGCUGAGGCGGACAGCCUCCGGGGGGCCAGGCGGCGGGGGGAGCGACGGCGGGUUAACCCGGAGCACAUCGGUCACCUCGCACAUCUCCAACGGCUCUCACCUCUCCUACUCGUGAAUCCGGCGCCAGUCUUAGUCUGGGGGCGCCGUCCUGCUUCUCUCAGGGGACACAGAAGCAGAACGGCGCCAUUUUGACCUUUUCGGUCUUCAGCGCUUCAAUCCUAAAAACAAACAUGUCACAAGUUUUAAAAAAUCAAUUUUGAACGUGCCCUUUAUACGCAGUCACUGCAGCUGCACGGGGGCAGCGAUCCAAUCAGCCAACAACACGUCCAGCUACCACGGCGCCAACACGUCGACCGAGACAGAGCGACGGCUGUGGAGCUUCCACUCGGCUCGCAGUGCUUUAAAAACCACUGUAACUAUGUACAUAACUGAACUGUAGACGCCGUUUCUGGUUCCUAAGUGUUUCAAACAUUCAGGGCGGGGGGCGGGGCUUGAAGGCGGCGGUGUACAGGCGGCGACCGAGGGAAGAUUUCUUAAAAUCAACUUUUAUUUGUAGUGCUAAGAUUCUGUACACGACAAUAAAAACAAACACUGCCAUCUUUCUGUUGACCCGAGACCAACCUACCACUGCCCUCCAAGCCACUUAAAGGAACACGCUCAUGUCGCCGCGAGUCGCCUCGGCGUCAGCGCACUCCGUACAGGAAGCCCCUCCAUCUUUGUUUUUCUUGUGUUCAAACAACCAAGUUUACGAGAUCUCUGCGUAGUGAAGUUUACACUUGUCUCUGAGGCAGAUGUUCUACUUCCUGUUGAUCCCAUCGUACGGGAAUGAUCUACUGGUCAGCAGGGGGCGCUGUGAGUGGUCAGCGAGCAGACUGAAAGAGCACGUUUUAUUUUAGUUCCCGUCAUCGCUAACGUCUGCUCAUGCGUGCUGGUUUUAGAUGACACCCGUUUCCGAACGAUAACUCCAGCAGGCGUCAGGAGGAUAGUCCGCUGCCUGUGGACGAUCUGUGCCACGUUCGUACUCUCAGCACGCCGCGCAGAAUUUAGCUUCUGGUCAGUUGUUUGCGCCUUUACUCUGCAGGUAAAUGUAACUUAAAGGUGUGUUUACCUGCCGUCAUUCUCCUGUUGUAAUGCUAAGCUAGGCUAACCUGCCUGUGCUUAAUCUGAGAGCUCGAUGUUGGGCGACUCGUUCCUUCAAAGUGACGCUGCCGCAGAGUUUUAGAGCUGAAAGUGUGUGUGUGUGUUUGUGUGUGUGUGUGUUUGCCGACCGCUAACCCCACAUCUGACCCCCCCACCCCCACACUCUGCAUCUGUAGAUAAGGUGUACAUGUGUGUCACAGAGUAGUGCGGUGCAUGGAGCUCGUGUACAGGCGGCGUUUGUAUGAAUAAACAUGCACACUACCUAUUUAUAUAAAUGCUUAUAAAUGUAAGAUACCUGUGUACAGGUAGCAGGUAAACUGACGAUUGUUCACUGUCCAAAACUCUUGACUUGUACAUAGAAGCACUAAUAACUCUGAGGCUGUGUUAGAGUAAUAAUGAUGACUAUUUUGUCACGUGACUUGAUUUGUAGACGAAUAGACGCCAUCAUUAUUAUUACCUCUACUGCAGCUGGAAUAUUUAUGUUGUACGCUAAUUUUUAAAUGUGGAUUGCCAAUUUUGACCACUAGGUGGGGAAUAAGCGCAAUGUUACUGUGAUAGAGUUAUAAAUAAUAUUCACGUUUCUAAGGAGGACAAAAGGACUACCUUUCCCAGCAUUCCUGUCGAGGUCUCAGGGUGGGAGUCUCCAGUUCUGGGCAGGGCUGCAGGGUUUUUUUGUUUUGUUUGCUUUCGUUUGUUUUGAGCCAGUAUUAUCACAUGACGUAUGGACAUAUUUCCAGAUCUUUCACUACGUUUUGGUGCCAUAACUUUAUCAUUUUUUUGUUUUACACAUCGUCUUUAUGGUGCGAAAGACUUUCCCAAAAACACUGUAACAUCUGCAAGAACACCUCCAAAUACGGAAGCCCAAAGGUGUCCAAUAUUAGGCUUUUGAAAAAAAGAAAAAAAAAAAAAGAAUAAUAGUGUUUAUUAGCAUAAGCAGGUUUUAAAACGUCAACCUAUUAUUAAUACAUUCUUUAAUAACUAAAGGCAGGUUAACACUAAGAAUUUUAUUUAUUUAUUUUUAGAUUUUUAAAUAAAGAUUCACAUUUAUUCCCUAAAGAAUUCCAGUUUUGUGUGUUUUGAGCUGGCAGUGGACUUCAGAGCGGAAAUUAUAAUUUUAUUUCAAAGUUAGAGUAAAACCACUUCUACAUUUUGUUUUUAAUUUCUUCACAGUAUUUUCCCCAAAGUAACUGAACCAAUUAAUUAAUCAGACAUCAGCAACUCACCUCUGUCAUCCUUUGUUUUGCCUCCCUUUAGUUCUAAUGUUAUACAUUUUUUUUAUUUAUUGGUUUUUAUAUUUGAGAUUUUAAAAACUUUUAAAUUAGAUGAGAGCCAAAAAGAGACUUCUGUUAAAACGACCUUUCAGUCACUCCAUUUUUCUUUCUAAACAAAAAAACCCAUUUGGUGUUAAUGAGUUACAUUUUAAGAUUUUAAAGAGUUUCAAGUUUGUUUGGCUAAACUUCAAAUUAUAUGCGUUUGAGAUGAAUAUUGGCAUCUUUGGGCCUCCGUACAGGAAUUCCACUCUGUGUGUUUUCCAGACAAACACCUCUGUUUCAUUUUGCACAGUCCGAAUGGGUAGAAGAUCAUCUUUUUGUCACGUCUACCUCAUUUGCACUGAAAGGAGACGAAUGUUCAGGUGGACUAAAGAGGAAAAACAAACAUUUCUUGGCUUUUUUUCAUUUUCCUUCACUUUGUGCAAAUGUUGACGGGACAGUGAGUGCAAGCAGGAAGGGACAAACUUAACGUCACGCUCAGUGGAAAGCUGUCUGCAGGACAUGCUGGACUUAAAAAACACGAGACGCUGUGCUGAGGAAGAUGAUUGGUGGGGCGGGGUGGGGCAAUGUGGACUGAGUGCUCCUCCUCCUCCUUCCUCCCAAAAAGAAACAAAACAAAAAAAAACUUCAUUUUGCCAACUUUGUUUUUUUGUUUUUUUUUAAUAGCAUUUAUUGUGAAAUGCUAACCAUUCCUCAAGUGUUAUUUUGCCAAUUAAAGCUGCAGACUGAGGAAGAGUCCAGAUCUUCAUCUACGUUUACAGCCGUGAGCAGUUUACUGACUGCAGGAUUUCUGUGUAUUGUCACGUGGUCACAAUUUAUAGGACGUGUUCAUGUUUGCUAUUCUUAGCGACAGUUACUGAGAUGUUUUCAUGUUCUGGUCAACAAAACAUUUAAAAUGCUUUUUAAAUGUGACGUCUUUAUAUUAGGAGCUGAAAGCGGUCAAUCGAACGGUUUGAUUGGAAAUUUAUUGGACAAAGUUGGAUUGCCAUGUUGGAUCUUCUGACAUUUUUAAGUAUCUCGUCUCCUUUAAGAGGAAAGAUGUUCACAAAGGAAAUUUCUUUAAAAUUUAUAUUAUUAUAAAAUGACAUCGUUCUUCUGCUGGUUGUUCUUUCCCAUAAAGUUUUUAUGUGCUAAAUUACAGCAAAAGUCCUAAAAACACAAAUGAAUUACAUUUAAAGUCGUAUAAAACAAAUUUUUGGAACUAGAAAAAAGAUGUCUUUAGCAGCAAAAGUUUCAAUCUUAAUCAAUUUACUGUUUCAGCUCCACAUUUUUCACUUUUUCUACUUUUUAUUUUAUUUUCUCAGACUGCUCUGUGCUGUGUUCAAGGACAGUUUGACAUUUAAAAACUGAAGGUUCACUCUGUUUGAAAGCGCAAAGUUACCGAUUUCAAGAGUCGAUGGCAAACAAAAUGUUUCUGUUCAAUUCCUCACAUUUCCUCCUACAACUUUAAACUUUCAAGGAAAAAGGGGGGAAAAAAGAAAAUCCCCAGGAGCAUUCAAGGCCAUCGGCGUAAUGAGGAGGAGGAAGAGGAGGAGGCAGAGUCGAGUGCUGUCUGUGUGCAGAGCAGGAUGAAGGGUGUGUGUAUGUCACAGGAGGGCGAAGUGAAAAUGUUCAGGUUGUGUUUCAGGAGCGUUGGAAAAAUGAGAUGUACAGAAACGUAAUCAAAUAAUUUUGGAGAAAUAAAAACAGAAACGCUG